AUGGCACACUCGGUGAAGAGCAUGGAGCACCACGCCUUAGCGAAGUGGAAGGUUGGGAGACGCACGCUUGGGACUCAAUUGACCGGCGUCAUUCUUCCGGUCAUGUCUUCGGACGAGUCCCCAGUGGCGCCUACUCCCGACCCCAUCCCUAGUCCGACGCUUGACGAGAGCAUGGGGGAGGGGGGAGCGGGGUGGGAGGAAGAUGGGGGGGAGGAGAUGAAAGAGGAGAGAGAGGAAGGGCAGGAGGGAGAGGAAGAGGAAGAGGAGGAGGAGGGGGAGGAGGAGGAGGAGGAGGGGGAGGAGGAAGAGGGGGAGGAGGAGGAGGAAGAGGAGAAGGAGGAAGAGAGCUACGUAAGCUCAAGAGGGCGCGUACGCAUUGCGAAGAGGAAGUUCCGAGCGUUGGGCGAGUGA